AUGGCUUCACAACUCCUCUCCGAUAUUGGUUCCUCUCUCAAACAACCACACUCCUUUCUAAAAGAUUUAAAAAGUACUGUCAUUUCUCAUACACCCUUUGUUGGUGGUCAUUCAAUGAACAACAUGUCAUCAUCAACUACCAACAAUGACUCGUCAGAUUCAACCAUCACUUACAACAAUGACAUUCUCACACUCUCUCGUGUCAAUCAAAUUGAUCACAAACUCAAAUCCGAUGAUGAUGUACCCACUGUAGAAGAAAUGAAAGAAUUAUUAGAACCAUUUUGUGAUUUUGAUUUUAGUGACAUGCAUUAUGUAAAUACCAUUCUUGAUAAAACAAAAUAUGAUAAAAGAAUUGAAAAACGAUUAUUGAGAUUUGAUAAGAGUAUACAAAAAGUAUUUAAAGGAUUUGAUUUAAAUUCAACCAAUUCACAAAAUUUAAGACAAGAAAUGAUUGAUAGUUUUGAAAUGAAUGAUGAUUUGGAUGAUGAUUUGGAUGGAAUGAAUGAAAGUGGUGCACUUUCUUUGGAUUAUUCCACCACAAUGAAUACUACUACUACUAUGAGUACUACUACUAUGAGUACUACUACUAUCACUUCCAUCAACAAGUUAUUAAAUCCUGCUUUGGCUGGUAAGAAACUUGUGAAGGGAGCCAUGGAUGCUGGAAAGAGAUUUGCAAAGGAGGUGACUGAAGCAGGACAAGAAGCUGAAGAUUUAAUCACUGGAAAGAAAUUUCAACUCAUGCAACAAGAAAAGAAUAACAAGAUUAUCAAAAAUGUUCAAGAUCACAAUGAAAAGGUUCUUUUAAAACUCUCCAAUGUCGUCUCUCAUAAUCUCAUUACAGAUGUCUAUCAACAUUAUGGAUUCUUUAUUCAAACAUCAAAACACAUUGAAAAGAUGGAUAAAGAAUUAGUGGAAUUGAGUAAUUUAUGGAAUGAAAUGAAAUCCAAUGUAUCCAAUGUGUUGUAUACAUUGAAGGAAUGGAACCAAGCAAGUAGUAGUAGUAGUAGUAGUGGACAGAGUGGUAUUGGUAUUGGUCAGAGUCAUGGUGGCAAUAGUAAGAGUAGCAAUAACAACAACAACAACAACAACAACAACACGACUAGUACUAGUCAGAGUGGUGGUACUUUUAAGAGUUCAGCAACAAGUGCAAUUCUGAGUAGUAAUAGUAGUAGUAAUACCAUCCAUGAACAACAACAACAACAAGAAGAAAACUCUGAAGAAUUGAGACAACUCGUUCUCAACAAGAUCAAAGAUUUAACCAAUGAUUUUUAUAAUGCACUGAAAAUACGUCAUUUUGAAUCAUGUAUUGAAAUUUAUGAUCAUGGACGUAAAAUUGUAGAACACUACUUGGUGGAUCCAACUUUGAAUUCUCCUCCUCAAAGAAGAAGAAUGAACUGUAAUAGUAGUAGUAACAACCAUAUUAAUAGUAGUAGUAACAACCAUAUUAAUAAUAAUAAUAGAAUAGAAUCACAACAACAACAACAACAACAACAACAACCAAUGAAACAUCCAUCCUCUACCACCACCUUAGCUCCAUCCUCCUCACAACAACAAGUUUCAAUACCCACCACCACCACCACCAUCUCCUCAGAUAUUGAAAUUAUUGAAAAAUUCAAUCAUGUCUCUGAAUUAUUUGUUGAAACUUUAUUAAUUGAAUUGAGAAAUUCAAGAAAUACUUCUUACAGUGAAUUACUUGUGAAAUAUAUUAGUAUUAUGAAUUACAAAGAAGAUGCCAUUACAGUCUAUUUAGAUACACAAAGUACAGUGAUUGAUGAAGUAUUAUCACAUUUAUUCAUUGGUGAUCCAUUAGCAUUGUGUGAAGAAUUGAGUGUGAGAUUUUUCAAUGCCAUCUCUACGGUGUGUGAGAAUUACAUGACCAUCUUUGGAAGUGGAUUGAAACGAUCGGAUAUCCAACUAACACGAGGUCAAAACAAACAACAACCUUCACAACAACAACAACACCCUCAUCAUCAUGAUGGAUCAUCACCAAGGAUGGGAGGUGACUCGGAUGAGUCUUCAAUGAUCAGCACGAAUACCACUAGUAGUAGUAGUAGUCGAAAAAAGAUCACCACCACCACCACCACCACUGUUCAUACUCAUGUUUCCUCCUCCUCCUCAACAACAACAACAACAAUCUCAACAACAACACCACAAGGAUCUCAUAACAGUGGUUUCAUCAAUUGGGUUCUGACACAAACCAUUGAAAAAUUUUGUAUGAAAUUCAAGAAGAGUAUUGGUUCCGUAUUGAAACAUGAUUUAGGUAAAAUGACAAAUGCAUUGAAAAUUGUAUUCCAUUAUUCAAGAAAGAUGAAUAUUCAAGGUUUAUCGGUACAACACUUGUUGAGUGAAUUCUUUAGACAUGAUUUGGAAGUUGCUAUUCAGAGAUAUGUGGAUGUGAAUAUUGAGAAUUUAUUUGAUUUAUUGAGUCGAGAAAGUUGGAAAGGAUUUGAAUUUGCAGUUGGUGUUCAAUGUCCAAAUUUGAGUCUUUUAUUGAACUCCUCUAAUGUCAUGAUGAUGACUUAUACGAGUAGAAGUGGUGGUGUUAGUGGUGUUAGUGGUGGUAUCAAUAGUGGAAUCAAUAGUGGAAUCAAUAGUGGAAUCAAUAGUGGAAUGAAAAGUCAAAGUACUGGAAGCAGUACCAGUACCAUGAACAACAACAUUCUAUUGAAUUCCAAUUCCAAUUCUAACAACAAUAUCUCUCUCAAUAGUAGUAUUCAUACGAAUACCAUCUUUCUCACUGAGAGUGGAAAAUAUCUCUACCUUUUUUGCAAUGAAUAUAUUGAACAUUUAAAAUCAGUGGCAAAUCUUUCCAUCUAUCAGACAGCAGUAAGAAGUGUUAAAGAAAUGUUUGAAGAGUACAUUUUAGAAAUAUUUAGACUUGCCAAUUCACAUCUCAAUGACUCUCAAUUCUGUAGUAUGAUUUGUAAUUUAAAUCAAGUGAGAUAUCAUUUAUUACCUAAAUUUGUAGACAAGAUGAAAUUAUUAUUUGGAAUUGAAAUGGUACAAUUUAGUUUAUUUAUGAAAACAACACAAGAUUUAAAUCAAAGGAUUAUUGAACGAUUUUGUGAGAAUCGUGUGGGAAUGAUUUUGGAUCAAAUGAAGUUACAUUCUCCAAAUAUGUAUCCAUCACCAUCUUUGGUACUAGAUAAGAGAGAUAACAACACUACUAGUAAUAGUGGUAGUAAUAGUGGUAGUAGUAGUAGCUCUAGUAACACUCGUGUCAACAACAGCAACAACACUCUAGUCAUUGGAAUGCUAAGUAGCACCGAAGAAUCCAAAUUACAAGUCUCUCCUCAAUUUAUCAAAUUUGUGAGUUAUGUCAAAAAGCUACAGACACUUGUCUCACAAUAUCCUCAAUUGGUGAUGACCAUCAAUGAUGAUGCUUCUUCUUCUCUAAAUUCAUCAUCACCACCACAACCACGUCGUAGAAACAAAUUCAAUGAUGAUAAUGAGGAUGAUGAUGAGGAGGUUACUCGUGAAAAGGACAACUCUCUCGAUCAUCCUACUUCUUACAUUUCUCAACAAUUAUUUAAAUUAUUUUUCAAAUACAUGGGUGAAAUUCCUUACUUUUGGAAAUUAUUGACACCCUUACAGAAAAAGAAGGAAACUACAGAAUCAUCAUCAUCCCAAUGGAAUCACAUUGAAGAGUCAAGAACAACAACCUCUUCUUCAUACUCCUCUGAAAUUACCACCACCAUCAAGAAACAAACGACAAGUGCUACUCAACUUGUCUCACAACAGAAUUCUCUCAAUAUACUUCAACUCAAUGCCAUUAUUUUAGAUUUGGAAUUUGUAAAAACUAUUUGUGAACCUAUCAUGACCACAGAGAUGAGAACCAUGUAUCAUCAUUUGAAAGAGAAGAUUGUCACUCAAUUCUGUACUCUCAAUGAUUUAAAUUCUAGUUCUGAUGUAUUGAAAGGAGAUGCUUUCUUUGCAUUUAUUAUUAAGAAAUUAAUGCAAGAGAAUGAAACUGUGAAAUCGGUUGUAAAAUAUUUUCAAUCAUCCUCUGCAGAAAGUUUGAUGAGUGAUGAUCCACAACAAAAAUCCUCAAAUCUGAACAACAACAACAACAACAAGGGAAGUAGACCUCUCAAAAGUGGAAUGGAAUAUGCACAAAGAAACCUCAAAACAGGAAUGAACAAGUAA